CGCCUUCAUUCUCGUCAACGAGAUGACGCUUCCCGCAAACGACGCCUUUUCGUUAGGUCUUGCGCACGACCAGCCCCGUCGCUCGAGCUCGCGCGCCCGUACACCAUCACUCCCGCGUCGCUCAUCUUCCCCAAAAAUAUCUUUUUCUCCACCUUCCACGUCGAGCAGCAUCGUCUUCUCGCCACAGCCAGCAAAUGGAAUGCCUGCGAAGAGAGGACAUAAGCGCAAGGCAUCUGCAAGAAACGGUUCCAAACAGCUCAAACACAACGGAGAAGCGACGAUAGAGGAACUUAUAGAGGAGGUCGACGCGCGAAUAGCACGCGAGCGCAAGCUGUCCCCCAACAGCUUACCUGAUAAACGCAACACUGUGAAAAAACAGAUUGAUUGGGAGAUUCCUCGCAAGGCGUUACAUUCAUCCAUUGGUUUUUUUACAAUUUACCUAUAUACCUCCAAAGGCGACCCACAGACGGUCGUUAUUGCUUUGAGCACUGCCCUUGCUGUUCUUGUUCCAAUAGACAUUCUCCGCUUAAAGUAUCCCCUCUUCGAACGUGCCUUUGAGAAAUGUGUUGGCAUCUUCAUGCGCGAUAGCGAAAAGAAAUCAUCUAAUGGUGUUAUAUGGUACAUUCUCGGCGCCAACACUGCGUUAAUUACGUUGCCUCUUGAUAUCGCAAUCGUCUCAAUUCUUAUCCUGUCUUGGGCUGAUACAGCCGCCUCCACUUUCGGUCGUCUGUGGGGCCCGCUCACACCCCCGCUCCCUGCACGACUCUUUGGUCUCCCUCUUGCCCCUCGUAAAAGUCUGGCGGGCUUCAUCGCAGCCUCACUCACAGGUGCUGCUGUCGCUGCCGGAUUCUGGACGUACCUUGGACCGGUGAGAGACAACUCGACAUGGUCCUGGGACGCUGGUGUAUCGAGUACGUUUAGCGGUGGGAGCGCAGAAGGUGGGAAGGUCUUCAGUGGGUGGGCGGGUCUUGCUGUUGUAACUGUGUGUGCAGGUUUAGUUUCGGGCAUUGCCGAAGCACUCGAUUUGGGUUCCGUGGACGAUAACCUCAGUCUACCAAUCAUCGCUGGUGGAUGCCUAUGGGGACUCUUCAAAGUCCUUGGCUGGCUAGGCGAUAUAUUCUCAUGAUUCCCCCUUUCAACCCCUCCUUCACCUUCAGCGUCAAUCAUCGGAUAUUUGCAAUUUCAUGUGUUCAAUCUUUCAAUAGUGGAUAUUUUACCUGGCACAUGUCGAUAGUGAUGACGAGAGUGUGAGACAAGACGAUUAUGAUGAUGAUGGAUGAUAUAUUAACCAAUUUCAUGCGUUUGUCUGUGCUACUUUUAAUGCACUAGUUAGUAGAAGUAGAUUACUAUAGUCAUUCAUCCGUAUACCGAAUUCAAGCCAAUUUUGUUGUCA